AUGAAGAAACUCCUGGUGGGAUUCCUGCUCAGCCUGGCAUUCGUGGAGUUGGCCCAGUCCCUGCGGUGUUACAUGUGCAAGGAGCCCACGGACAUUUCCAAGUGCAGGACACCCAUCACGUGUCCCCCAAAGGCCACCGUGUGCACCACGACGCUGCACUCCGUGGACACAGGUUAUCCCUUUUUUGGCAACAUCACCGUGACCAGGGGCUGUGAGGAGGAAUGCCUCUCCUACGACGGGAUAGGGGCCCAAAAGCCCAAAUCCUGCUGCUACACCGACCUGUGCACGGAUGACACCAAGAGCAGCAGCGGGGUGAGGAGCAGCCCUGCAGCGCUGGGUCUGGUGGCUCUGGUGGCUGGCACGGUCCUCCAGUGCUCCCUGUGA